AUGUCUUCUAAACGUACUUUAAAAGAAAUUUUGGACUCCGAAUAUGUGGAGGAUAGCGAUGAAGAGAAUCUUAAACCAGAGGUUGGUAGCGAGGAUGAGUUAGAAGAAUCAAAAGAAACGGAAUUAAAUCCUGAUUACUGUAGUGAAUGUCAGGAUAUGAAGAUUGAAAUCAUUUGCAGCGAUUGUGAUGAGCAAUUUUGUGUAACUUGUUUCGGCAUGCUACAUCGUGGAGGGAAGAGGAAGAAGCAUGAGUAUAUCAAAGUUAAUGAGGAUAAAACCGAAAACAAGGAAUCAAACGAUUCAAAACCUACUACAGAAGUAGAGCAACAGAAGUUACAAGAUGAAAUCAACAGCUCAAGGGAAUCUAGUGUAGCAAAUGAUGUUGAAGAAAAGAAAAUUAACACCACUGGAAUUGAUGAUAAACUUUUAGCACAAUUGUACUUACACUCUCAAUAUAUUCCAAUGAGGUUAACACAUGAAGAAAGACAUUUACUAAGACUCCUUGAAGCUGCCCUUGAAGUAUCUGAAUAUACUGACCGUGUGGACAUUCUAUCUUACCAAUCUAAGUCUAAGAGAAUAUUAGAGCAAUUAAGGGAGAUGUGCUCUGUUUUAUGUGGUUUAGUUAUAGCGUCCAAUUUGAAGGUUGGAAAGAAGCUUUUGGAGAUGAAGAAUUUCAGCGAUAAUGCAGAAUGGUUUAAAGAUAUAUUUGAAAUUGGAAGAAGAUAUAAAGUCAUGAAUCCAGACCGUAUGAGGAGUACCUUUGGUAAACUUUGUUAUAUGGUGAUGGACUCUAGACUACCGGAAAUUGAAGAUCACAUGGAAUUCCAUUUGUUCAAACCUAUUAAGACUGUCCAUACCUUUUUGGGAAAUCCUAAUGACAAAGGUAAAGCUUUAGGAGUCUUUAAAGAUAAGUUAAUACUUUAUGCAACUGCUGAUAUUAACCCUACAGGUAAGACAAGAUCAGAGAUCCAAAGAAUGAUCAAACAGAAAGAAUCUGCAAUUGAGACUUUAGCCUCCAAAUACAGUUCAUCCAUCUAUUCCAAAGAAGAUAUUCGCCAAGUUCUUUAUUCAAUUGGUGAUUACAAUGCAUAUGUGAAUACAAACAGAAGACCAAUCAUGAGAAUGCUCGAAAGACUUGAAGUCUUCCGUGAUCCUUCCAUUCAAAAAAAGUAUUCUCUUGGAAUUCAAUAUGGCCGUCAAGGGGCAAGGUUGACCCAUGACCACGAGAGACAGUGGCAUUACGUUCAACAGUCCUUGACGUUAUGGUCAAUAAUUCAAAGAGAAAUGGUACAUCUCUGGUACAUAGCAGACCAGGAUUUGUUCAACAGCUCCUCAUACAGAUUGACCUCCACUGGUCAAGGUUUGAAUCGUGUUAAACCUUGCCCCGCUCUUUACAAAGCAGUCCACAACAUUUUGAAUGAAUGUAGAUCCAAGUGUCACUCUUGGGUCGGCUCUUCUGUGGUUCAUUUGGGGGAUGAUGCUGUCCCUAAUGCGAUGUUCUUCUUAGACAAAUAUACUCAAAUUCCAAAUAUAUUGAUCCCAUUCGAUAGCACCUUAUUACAAAUCAAUGAUCUUGUCAAGGACGAUCCUAAGUUGAGAGAUUACAUCAAUGCAGAAUAUGGAUCUGUGGACGAUUUAAAAUUAACAAUAUUACAAGAUGCAUUUGCUCAUAUGUUUGAUGGAUCAGGUGCAGACAAUUUCUACAUGAGUGGAUCAUGUAUCGAUGGUAGAUUAACUUCUGCUUGGAAUCACACGAACAAAAUUUCAGAGAAGAAAUACUACAAUAUUUUCUUAAUGACAAGAUUUAUUGGUUUCAACGGAAAUCAAGGAUUCUAA